AUCUUGUGGUUCGAAUAUCAAAUUAGCCAUAAAUGAUUCAUGAAUAUUAGCCAUAUCAUCUGAAAACCAAGAUCAAUAAUUUGAUAAAUGGUUGGCCAUCAUAAACAUCAACGAAAUCAUUAUUCACCGGAUCUUGAAUCCGGUAGUGUUGGUGGUGGUGGUGGUGGUGGUGUUGGUUAUUCAAAUUUAGAUUCAUCAGGUUUUACUGAUUCAUUUUCACGUGUUUCUAUACGUAAUGCAUUUAUUCGUAAAGUUUAUGGAAUAUUGGCAAUGCAAUUUGCAUUCACUACAUUGGUUAUACUGUUGAUUAGAUACAACAAAGAUUUCAAUGAAUAUUUUAGUGGCCCAAAAGGAAAUAUAAUCUAUAUUGCUUCAUUGGUCGGUUAUUUAGUCAUCUAUUUUAUAUUAAUGUGUUGUGAAUCAUGUCGUCGUACGGUACCAAAUAAUUAUGUUCUACUCACGAUAUUUACAUUUUUCAUGAGCAUAACACUGGGUUGUGUUUGUUUACAAUAUGAUUCAGAUACGGUAAUGUAUGCAGCCGGUUUAACAUUUAUCGUUUGUUUAUUGGUUUCAAUAUUCAGCGCUACUACAUCGUUUGACUUUACAAAAUGGUCAUGGAUCAUGUUUAUAGUUUUAAUCAUAUUCUUUGUAGCUGGUAUUGCCAUGAUGUUCAUACAGAAUCGUACUACACAAAUUAUUUAUGCCGCUAUUGGUGUUGUGAUUUUUACCAUUUAUCUAGCAAUCGAUACACAAGCAAUUAUGGGUGGACGUGAAAUAGAAAUAUCACCAGAAGAAUAUAUUAUGGCCGUCAUUCAACUUUAUAUUAAUAUUGUCAAUCUAUUUAUUUUGAUAUUAAGAUUGAUUUCGCUAUCACGAAAUUAAUAGUAUUUUGAUGGUGUUGUUCAAAUUAAAAUCCGUAAUAAAAAAAAAAAAUUCUUACGUCCUUUAUGAACAUGCUUGUAUGGCAAAGAAACAAAAAAAAAUCAAU